UUCCCCAGAUCCGAAAAUAUUUGGGAGAAGAUGGUUUCGUUUCUGACUUUUUCAACCUUCUUCUUCUGUGUCUCUGUAAUUAUUUAGGGUUCUUAACACUUAAUCCAGGUUUUGGGUACGUACUCUUUCUCCACCUUCAAUUCUGGAAUUAGACUAAAUUCUCUAAUCAAUUUUUCUUAAAUUCAUUCUUCCUGCAAUGAUGGCGGAACCUGCAACAGAGACAUCAUCCAUAGACUGCUCUCUUCUCCUGGAUUGCGUUUCGAAAUUGCAGCUGUCUCCCGCAACGAAAGAGCAGACACCAGAGUGGUCUCUUCUCCCUGGAGAGUUACUGCAACUCAUCUUGACGUAUCUUGACAACUGUUUCGAAGUUGUUCAUGUUCGCUCUGUUUGCACCACGUGGCGAUCAGCGAUUCCGUUUCCUUCUUGCUUGUUACGUCUGAGUUACUCUCUUCCAACUUUUGCUGAUUUCCCUUACGAUAGCAGAGACUUGUGUAUCCUUGAGAAGAUCCCUUUGUUUCUUUUUAGAGUCCGAGAUACGUCGCCUUGUGAGUAUUUUCUAGGAGAUAUAGGUCUAGUAGAUGAGUCAGAGAAUCAUUAUCAUAUGGAGCCUCUUCAGUGUACAGUGAAAGUGAAGAUACCAGGAUCUGAAAAGCCAACCUUGAUGAACAUGCUAGACUGUCAGAUCAUCCCUCUAGGACAUCAGUAUAGAAUGAUUGGUUGGGAUCCUGAAGCGUGGACAUCAGCUUACAGAGGCGUGGCUUUGCUUCCGUUAAAUAAACAAGGAGGAGGAUUUGUUGUGCUACUCAACUACACUAAAGUUUUGUUGGUGUUAACAAGUGGUGAAAUGAGGUGGAUGCGGGUUAAGAAGUUCUCAGAUGCUUCUUGUUGGGAUUUGUUCAUUUUUAGAGGUAGGUUUUACGCUGUCUUUCUUAACGGGGAAAUCUUCGUUAUUGAUCCGUGUUCGUUGGAAGCGACUCCAUUGAAGCCCUCACAGCUUUUGAACUCAAGUAAUUAUCUAGUUCCAUCAGGUGAUGAUGAGCUUUUCCUGGUUGAGAAAAUCGUACCAAGAUAUGGUGAGUUGGAUUAUUUUCGGUUAGUAUGUAGAGUGAGUAGGCUAGAUGAGGAGGCUGGUGAAUGGGUUGUGGUCAGCGAUUUGGGAGACCGUGUUUUGUUUAUUGGAGAGCUGGGGAAUUUCUCCUUCUCGGCUAAGGAGCUUCCUCCUGGUGGUUGUGGUGUGAGUGGGAACUCUGUUUUGUUCACUAACGGGCCAGGAAAUGUAACUUAUGCCUAUAGAUAUGAUGUAGAGACUGGAAACCUAAGUUUUUGGAGAUUUUCAAGAGAGAAUCGUGUGAUGAUUCUCAACAGAUCUCCUCCAGUGCUGGCUCUCCAGGUUGAGCGCUAAGCUGUAACAUCUUACUUUUGGAUUCACUAUCUUUAGAGACAUGGCUUUACAUGUGAAUUUGUUUGGACCCAAUUUUUGUGAGAUUCAAUAUGGAUUGUGUUCAGACAA